UGACCGUCCAUCCAUGGAGUCUCUCGAAACUACGGGCAAUCGAUCCUUUCACUCUGAUGAUAAGCUCUCCCCCACCGAUAACAAAAGGGCGUCGACUGAGGUCAUUACGGCCAUCCCUUUCCAAGGAGAUGUCUACGAUGACUUGCGCAUUAUCGAUAUGGGUGAAGAUGGGAAGGAGCGUCCUAUUGUGACGGACAUGGACGUCGCUACGCGCCUUAUCUCCCUAGAAGAUGAUCCUACUCUUCCAGCAUCCACAUUUCGCAUGUGGGUCCUCGGUAUCGGGCUAUCAUGCUUCGGUGCCGUCCUUGGGCAGAUAUUUUACUUCCGGCCGCAAACAGUAUUUGUCUCGCAGCUGUUCCUCCAAAUCCUAGGAUACAUUCUUGGUGUCGUUCUGGAAACCAUCAUACCCGGGCCCGGAAAUCCUGUCGAGAGCCUGAAGAUGAAGGAUAGCGCUUUUUGGAGAUUCAUGAAUCCUGGUCCUUUCAAUAUCAAGGAGCACGUAGCAAUGACUAUCUUUUCGACGACCGCCGCCGAAUCUGCCCUCGCUAUCAGCAUCUUCGCUGCGGAUGACUUGUACUACAACAUUCAGCCCAAUGCAGGUGUCGGGAUCUUCACCCUCAUCGGCAGCCAGCUCAUUGGUUACGGGCUGGGCGGAAUCAUGCGCUCAUUCCUCGUCUACCCUACCUAUGUCGUCUUCCCCAACCUUCUCCCCACAGUACAGCUCUUCGACGCCCUCCACCGAGGAAAGAAAAUGUUCCUCCAGAAAAAGCGCGUCCGGUUCUUUUGGAGCAUCUUCGUGGCGAUCUUCGUCUGGGAGUGGUUCCCGGAGUAUAUAGCUCCGACCCUGACGGGGAUCAGUGUCUUUUGUUUGGCAAACAGGAAUAGUGCCUGGUUUACGAGGAUCUUCGGUGGCGCUGCGGGUAAUGAAGGACUCGGGAUGUUUGCCUUGUGUUUAGACUGGAAUUAUGUGGGUUCAGGUGGAGGCAGCAUGGGCGCACUGUUCACGCCCAUCUCGACGCAGCUAUCGUUAUAUUUUGGGACCAUGAUCUGCAUAAUUGCCUUCUGUGCGUGCUACGCUCGCAACACCUGGAGCGGCCAGAAUUUCCCCUUCCUAUCGCAAGCGCUCUUCUACGAGAACGGGACGUUGUACGACCAGCUAAGCAUAUUGAAUGACGAUUUCAGAUUGGACCCAGAGAAAUUGGGGGUCCAGGGUCUCCCAUGGUUCGCCAGCUCGCAGGUCCUCACAAAGAUCGGCAACAACCUAGCUAUCGGCUCAACCAUCAUGCAUGUCAUGCUGUGGUACGGCAAGGACAUUUUCGGGGUCAUCAAGAAAUACAAGAACGGCGAAACCUACGACCCGCACCUGGAGAAGAUGAAGGUAUACCCAGAGGUCCCGAUGUGGUGGUACAUAGCAAUAUUCCUGGGGAGCUUCGCCAUGGCCAUGGCCACCGUGUACACCAGCGACUCGAGACUUCCAUGGUGGGGCUUGAUCGUCGCGAUCAUCAUCUCCGCGGUGUUCCUCCCCUUCGUCGUUACAGUUUAUGCCAUCACGGGGUUCUCUCCGGACGUCACAAGCCUCGUGCAGAUCCUUGGAGCCUCGAUGAUGCCAGGAAGUCCUCAGACUAACAUGUAUUUCACCCUCUACGGCUCCAACACCCUGAGUCAGGCUCAAGGGCUUAUCAGGGACCUCAAAAUGGGACAAUACACCAAGUUGCCUCCUCGCGUCACUUUCGUGGUUCAAUCAGCCGGAACAGUCGUUGGCGGUCUCUUGAAUUAUGUUAUCAUGAAAGUUAUCAUUGCAGCGCAUCGGGAAAUACUUCUCGACGUUCAAGGGAACAACAUCUGGUCGGGCCAGCAGGUCCAGUCCUUUAAUAGCGACGCCGUAUCUUGGGGAGCACUAGGCAAAGAGCUCUACUCUCCGAGUGGGCGAUAUGGUAUCGUCCCGUUAUCUAUCCUCAUCGGCCUCGCGGUACCCAUCCCAUUCUGGCUUAUCCACCGUCGAUAUCCAAAAUUAGGCGCCAAUCACGUCGUCACGCCCAUACUUUGUUGGACGCUCGGGUAUCUCAGUGUCGGGAUCAACACAUCUGUGUUCACGACCUUUUGCUUGGCGGUGUUCUCGCAGUAUUAUCUCCGGCGAUACCGGCCUGGGUGGUUUAGGAAGUACAACUUCCUAAUGUCUGCGGCGUUGGAUGGGGGCACGCAGGUCAUGGUGUUUGUCUUUACGUUCGCUGUUGGAGGCGGCUCGGGUACGGUCAUCAAUAUGCCCAAUUGGGCUUUGAAUCCUACUGGUAAUCCCGAUUAUUGCAAGAGGCUCACCUGAAAGCCAAUAUCACGCAAGUUCUUCAGGGCUUUCUUUUUCUGGAAAAUUGCUAUACAUCUGGAGCUGAACCAAAAAAUUGUACUUGAAAAGAGUUUAAGGAGAAUACAUUAUGAAUGUUAAAACGA